CUUCAAUUUUUCUUCUUCCAUCUUCUUCUUCUUUACAAAUUGACUUAUUGCUAUUAGGCAAUAAGAUUACAUCUUUCUAAGGUUUUAUACAAAUGUAUUGCUAUUAAGCGAUCCCCUGAUCUUCCCUCCUUUAUUUUCCGACCAAAUAACAAAACAAAAGUUUCUGUCUUUUCUUGUCCAUCACAGAUCUUAUUGCUUCAGAUCGUUACCGUUCUAAGGAUUCCGUCUUUCUCUGUUGUGGGUUCGUUUAAAGUUUUCGAUUUGCAUGUCAACCUUCUGAAAAAAUCGAAACUUUUUUCCUUGGCUUAUUGAUUCUUGCUGUGGAAGACUCCUUCUUUGCAUAUAGUCUAUCAACCCGAGUAGGGGCUUUACUUGUUCAUCUGUAUACUGUGAGUGAUCAGAUUCUAUAUCGUUGGAUAAGAGAUCCAAGUAUUAGGUUAUGAGAGAUUUGACUUUUCACUUGUGGUGUCUCUGAUCAUUAAAAAAUGAGAUUCAGAUCAGAUCACAUCUUGAUGUGGGAAUCUUGAUUUAGGAUUAUACGUUAAGAGAGAGAUUUUUUGAUGGGUAAUGUUUGUGUUGGACCUACCAUUUCUGGAAAUAGUUUCGUGCAAGCUGUUUCCGCUGCAAUAUGGAAGCCACGAAUUGGAGCUGAGCAAGCUUCUUCCCAUGGCAAAGAAGAAGGUUCCAAAGAAGCAGCUUCUUCUUCCCAUGGCAAAGGAGAAGUUCCCAAAGAAGCAUCAGCUGCAGGACCAUUACCUGAUCAGGUUCAGAAUAAACCCCCUGAGCAAGUCACAAUGUCAAAUCCAAGGACAAUUCCAUCGGAACCAGUUGCAGAGAUUAAACCUGAAGAAGCUAAGAAGGAGGUUGUUCUCCAGGUGGAGACAACAAAACCAGAAACAAAGCCUGAGGCAACAAAACCAGAAACAAAGCCUGAGGCAACAAAACCAGAAACAAAGCCUGAGGCAACAAAACCAGAAACAAAGAGUGAAACAAAGCCGGAGACGAAACCUGAUCCCAAUAAGCCUAAACAUAUGAGGAGGGUGUCCAGUGCAGGGCUUAGAACAGAGUCAGUGUUACAGAGAAAGACUGAGAACUUUAAAGAGUUCUAUUCAUUGGGAAGGAAACUAGGACAAGGGCAAUUUGGGACAACGUUCUUGUGCGUUGAGAAAAGUACUGGUAACGAGUAUGCGUGCAAGUCCAUUUCCAAGAGGAAGCUUUUGACGGAUGAGGACGUUGAAGAUGUGAGAAGAGAGAUUCAGAUAAUGCAUCACUUGGCUGGUCAUCCAAAUGUUAUAUCCAUCAAAGGAGCUUAUGAGGAUGUUAUUGCGGUGCAUCUUGUCAUGGAGUUGUGUUCGGGUGGUGAGCUUUUCGAUAGGAUUAUCCAACGUGGGCAUUACACUGAGAGGAAAGCUGCUGAGCUAGCGAGAACCAUUGUUGGGGUUUUAGAGACUUGUCACUCUCUUGGUGUUAUGCAUAGAGACCUUAAGCCUGAGAACUUUCUGUUUGUUAGUAAAGAGGAAGAUUCUCUAUUGAAAACAAUCGACUUUGGACUCUCAAUGUUCUUUAAACCAGAUGAAAUUUUUACAGAUGUUGUUGGUAGUCCAUACUAUGUAGCUCCAGAAGUUCUUAGAAAGCGUUAUGGUUCUGAAUCAGAUGUGUGGAGUGCUGGUGUGAUUGUUUACAUUUUGUUAAGUGGUGUUCCUCCUUUUUGGGCUGAAACCGAACAAGGUAUUUUCGAGCAGGUCCUUCAUGGAGAUCUUGACUUUUCUUCUGAUCCAUGGCCAAGCAUCUCUGAUGGCGCAAAAGACUUGGUGCAGAAAAUGCUUGUGCGUGACCCCAAGCGAAGGCUAACUGCACAUCAAGUGUUGUGUCAUCCAUGGGUUCAAAUUGAUGGCGUGGCUCCAGAUAAACCUCUGGACUCUGCUGUUUUGAGCCGUAUGAAGCAAUUUUCUGCCAUGAACAAGUUCAAGAAAAUGGCUCUUAGAGUCAUAGCUGAAAGCUUAUCCGAAGAAGAAAUAGCCGGUUUGAAAGAAAUGUUCAAGAUGAUUGACGCAGACAAUAGUGGUCAGAUAACUUUCGAAGAACUUAAAGUAGGACUAAAACGAGUUGGUGCCAAUCUCAAAGAGUCUGAGAUUCUUGACCUUAUGCAAGCUGCUGAUGUGGACAAUAGUGGAACAAUAGACUACAAAGAGUUCAUAGCUGCAACACUGCAUCUAAACAAAAUAGAGAGAGAGGACCAUUUGUUCGCUGCCUUCUCCUACUUUGACAAGGACGAUAGUGGAUUUAUCACCCAUGACGAGCUUCAGCAAGCUUGUGAGGAGUUUGGUGUUGAAGAUGCUCGUAUAGAAGAAAUGAUUCGUGAUGUUGAUCAAGAUAAGGAUGGAAGAAUAGACUACAACGAGUUUGUGGCCAUGAUGCAGAAAGGGAGCAUCAUGGGAGGACCUAUGAAGAUUGGUUUAGAGAAGAGCAUUAGCAUCUCUUUGAAACACUAGUUGUCAGAUUACAAACCCGUAAGAUCAACAAAUACUUAUGAAUGAUUAUUUUUUUUCUUCUCAAUAUUGUGAUGAGAUUUUGUUAUUAUUAGGAAAAUCUUUACUGUACUGUGUACUUUUAUGCAUAUAAACAUUGUUCUUUUGGUCUGUUACUUGUAGCUACUUUUUAUUACAUAGUUUUGCUUGUUUACUC